CACAAAACCGUAUAGAGAGGAUCUAACACAAAAACAUUGUAGGCAAAGUAGAGAAAAAUACCUUCCACAGUUCGCCAAGUAUCCUUCACUCUCUCUUUUCUUAUUCUCGUGUUCCAACUGUUCUUCCCUUCUUCUUCUUCUUCUUCAUCUUCUUCUCCCUGCAACUAUAACAAAAACUUCAAAACUACUCUCAUUUACUCACAAAACCUUCAACAUUUCCCAUUUUCAGAUAUAUUCUGGUGGUGAUUUUCUUUGUGGUGUUUUCUUCCAGUAGAUGGCAUUGGAAACAGCAACUCCCCCAGCUGCUCCCAGUGCCCAAGUUGUUGGAAAUGCUUUUGUCAAGCAAUAUUAUCACAUUCUUUACAACUCUCCAGAAUUGGCUCAUAGAUUCUAUCAUGAAUCAAGUGUGAUAAGCCGGCCGGAUUCCAAUGGUGUGAUGACAUCAGUGACAACCAUGCAAAAUCACCCAGUUCAAAGAAAUUCCAAUAUUGUUUUUCUUGAAAAUUCCAAUAUUGUUUUUCUUGAACAGGGUAUUAAUGAGAAGAUCCUUUCCUUGGAUUACACAAACCAUAAGGCUGAGAUUAAUACUGCUGAUGCUCAGAAGUCUUAUAAGGAAGGGGUAACUGUACUAGUAACUGGAUGUCUAAUGGGCAAGGAUAACUUGAAGAGAAAAUUUGCACAAUCUUUUUUCCUUGCUCCCCAAGACAAUGGGUACUUUGUUCUAAAUGAUGUAUUUAGGUACGUAGAAGAUGGUGAAUCCUUGGAAAAUGGUGUUCAUGAUGCUCCUAGAGUGCCUUCAACACAAGAACCUGAGCCUACUCAAGUUCUGGAUCCUUCUUCACCAGAUCCAGCAACUGCCCCUGUGGAAGAGAAUCAAAAUGUUGCUGAGCAAGUCUAUGAGCCAUCAGACCAGGAAAAGCGGUUGGUCAAUGAAAAAGAGGCUGUUUUGGAAUCACACUCUCAUUCAAAUGGUGAUGAUAUUCCCAUAGUUGUUGAAUCAGCGUCUUCUUCAACCCAAGAUGAUACUUCAAAGAAAUCUUAUGCAUCAAUUGUCAAAGUAACAAAAGGAGGUUCGGGGCCAACUAGAGUCUAUGUGCCUACUAAUACCACAAGAGUGACACCAAAGAAAAUGGAGAACCAGCCUCUUGUGUCCACAGCACCUGCUUCACCUGAAUCAUCUGCACCUUCUAGCAUUGAUGCCCCUAAGAGUAAUGACAUUCAUGAGGAAGUUGGGGACCAUUCCAUUUACAUUAGAAACUUGCCCUUCAAUUUGACAUCUGCACAACUGGAGCGGGAGUUUAAGAAGUUUGGACCAAUCAAGCAAGGGGGUGUCCAAGUUAGGAACAAUAAGCAACAGGGGUACUGUUUUGGUUUCGUUGAAUUUCUGUAUUUGAGCUCCAUGAAUGAUGCAAUUCAGGCUUCACCAAUUACAAUUGGAGAGCGUCAAGCUGUUGUGGAGGUAAAGAGAACUUCAACUAGAGUUGGUAUUGGAAGAGGUAGCUUGCCUUCCAGAAGAGGAGGGUUUCGAAGUAACAGCUUCAGGGGGCGAAACUAUGUUGGUAAUCGAAACUUUGGCAGAAAUGAAUACAGGAAUCGAGUUGAAUUUUCUGGUCGACCUAGGGGUUCAGCUGGGCGUGAAGGGAGAGGGAGAGUUAGCCGUACAAGUGGACCCUUACAGACUUCGGCUACUACUUGAAACCGCAUAGAGUGAACCUAUUUUUUUUGGUGGAAAAUUUUUUUGAUAGGGUUAGUGCUGGAGGAAUUGGAGGUAGGCACUUUACGUUAGUAAUUGAUUUGACAAGGAACCAAAUGUCGGAAUGAAUUGGAGCAAAUGUUUAAGAUGAAAGACAGUGAUGUACCUUGAAGAUUCAGUUAGAGAAUUUUUAUGUAGGGCCUCUUGGUGCCAUGAGAAACUUAAGGUCAUCCUCUAGAUUUCAUUAAAGUAACUUAUGAUUUUACAUUGAUGGAAAUCACUGAGUUUUUAGCAUGUGGUAGCUGUAGGGGGAUGACCCUAGCUUCAAAAUAGAUGGAAUCACCCUUUCCUUUUUUUGGUUUUUCCACUAGUUAUAUAUGCUGUCGUCAAUUUGUUGAAAUAGAUAUGAUUGUUGGAGUGGAGACAGAUGGGGUUCAUCUUCUUUUCUCUUA